GGUGCCGGUGUGCGUGCAGUGCAGCGUGCUUGUGCGUGUGUGUGGUCCAGGUGCGAGUGGUGCGAUGCGUUUGACGUUUGCGGCGCAUGUGUUCAAACCCGAAGACCUUUGGUUUGUGUCAACCGUGAAUUCAGUGCUGAAGAGAAAUUCCUUUUCUCCAACUGACCGUCCGUUGGAAGCCCGACAUCGAGAGGGUCUGCAUGACGACGCGAGCCGGCAUUCUGAGGCCAAUCCGUCGAAAGAUUCCGAGUCCCUAGCCUGAGUCCCGACCGCAAAGCGACAGGAUUCCGCCGCAAGCCGCGCUGUGGUCCCUCGCUCCUCAACGGACGUCCUUGCAAGAGGUUCGGAAUAUUGAUUGUGUAAUGGGUGUCACGGACCUGGGCGAAGACAAGAGAGAAUGCGAUGAGAGUACAACUGAGUCAGGGGGGCAGUACAAGUGCACAGAAUGUAGAAGGACGUUUUCGGAGGAGACGAAGCUAAUGGAACAUCUUCAAACCCACAUAUCAGCUGAAAAUGCCUCCCAAUGUCCAAUUUGCUGUAAAACGUUUAAAGUUGAAAGCUAUGUCAAAAUUCACCUUCGAACCCACUCAGGGGAAAGGCCCUAUCAGUGCCCAAUUUGCAAUAAGAAAUAUUACCAACAUUGUAAUCUACAGACUCAUAUUAGGACUCACACCGGAGAGAAGCCGUUUGAGUGCCCAAUUUGUCUGAAAAGGUUUACCAGAGGCGGAACGCUCAGGAAUCAUCUUCGUGCUCACACAGGUGAGACCCCUGUGAUGAAUUUCGAGUGCACAGUUUGUAACAGAAAGUUUGCAGACGGGCCGAGGCUCAAAGAGCACGUUAAAAAGCAGCAUGCCAGUGAAAAGUCUUUCGAAUGCUCUGUUUGUCACAAGAAGUUUGCGGACAAAAAUUAUGUUGAAACUCAUUAUCUCAGAGCACAUACUGGCGAGAGGCCUUUCGAGUGCGGUGUUUGCCAUAAAACAUUUAAAUUAAGAGGGGAUCUUUCAGUUCAUUUACGAAUCCAUACAGAAGAGAAAAGUUUUGAGUGCACAGUUUGCAACAAGAAGUUUUUGCUUCGUUCGUCUUUGCAGUCUCAUCUUCAAAUUCAUACAGGGAACAAACCUUUUGAGUGCACAUUGUGUGAUUUAAAGUUUUAUAGAGCAUAUGAUCUUAAGAAACAUCUUAGAAUCCAUACUGGACAGAAACCAGAGGGGCGUCACGAAUGCACAGUUUGCAACAAGAAAUUUGUCGGUAAAACAUACUUGGAUGCUCACUCACGAACCCACACUGGUGAAAAACCCUUCGAGUGCUCAGUGUGUAAUCAGAAGUUUAUAAGAAGGGACUAUCUCAAUAUCCACCUUCGAACGCACACAGGGGAGAGGCCUUACAAAUGCACAGUUUGUGACAAGACAUUCAGUCAUAGUGUCUCUCUGAGAGUUCACUCCAGAUUGCACACUGGAGAGAAGCCCUUUGAGUGCUCGGUAUGCAGUAAAACGUUUAGACAGAAACCAAAUCUACGAAGUCACUUCAAAAAAUAUCAUACAGGCAAGAUAAUGUUCGACUGCUCUAACUGCGACAUGAAAUUUUUCACCGAAACAAAGCUACGGCAACAUACUAUUAAAACGCAUCGAGGAGAGAAGCCUUUCGAGUGUACAGAUUGCGACAAAAAAUUUAGGACUAGUUCUGGUCUUAAGAUCCAUGUCAGUACACACACUGGUGAGAAGAGUCAUGAGUGCACAGUUUGCAAAAAGACAUUUAGACUCAAAUUUUCUCUGAAAAUUCACUUUAGGACGCAUACUGGGGAGAAGCCAUAUGAGUGCUCAGUAUGCAACAAGAAGUUCAGGCAAUGUACAGACCUCAAAACUCAUCAACGAAUUCAUACAAAUGAAAAGCCCUAUGAUUGCACCUUUUGCAGUAAGAAGUUUCGUUUAAAAAGGUUCCUGGAUAUACAUCUUCGAAGUCACACAGGGGAAAAACCUUACAAGUGUACAUUUUGCAAUAAAAGAUGUUCUCAAUCAUCUGAUUUAAAAACACACAUUCGAACUCAUACUGGGGAGAAGCCCUAUGAGUGCUCAAUCUGCUCUAAGAAGUUUACCCAAAGAGCUCACCUAACAACCCAUCUUAAAAUGCAUAAAGGAGAAAAGCUGUUUGAGUGCACUGUUUGCAAUAAGAAGUUUUUGGACGGCUCAGGUCUCAGAUCUCAUCUUCGCUCCCAUACUGGGGAGAGGUCUUUGAAGUGCACCGUUUGUGCGAAGAGAUAUGUUAAUAGUCGAAGCCUAAAAGAACAUCUUCAAACUCAUGAAGAAUGCCAAGGAGCGUAAGCACUUGAUCUUGAAACGACGUAGGUUUCAUAAGACUCUCUGUCGGGUAGGAAAUGGUGCUCACUUCUGCUGAUUUGUUCAGAGUGUGUUGUCACAAAGCAGCAGUCGAGUCUUUCAGACAAUCGAAGGGUUGUUGGGGCCCCUUCGCUGGGAGGCUUGAUGGCAAACAAUCGAGAAAAUAAAAUACUCUCAGAAUGAUCUGUACCGAGGAAAACGAAUGUUGUUCAGUUUUCUAUGGCUUUUUGUAUCAAACAUAUUAAAUUGAUGUGUUGUGGAAUAUAAAGUAUAAAUAAGAACAAGAAAUGGAAAGUAAUGUUUUUUUUUUAAAUAUUUAAGAAUCACUACUUAGCAUUUACUGGGAUUGUGAAGAGAUCCAUUUUCCUGUGUUUUUUGUUGUACUGAUCGUUAUGUUGCCUUUUCCUGAUACGUCUUUCCACGGUUUGUAAAAGAAAGGUUUCACUAUUAUUUGAUAUCUAGACGAAUUAAGUUACGUCUUGUGUUUUGUAUUUGUCUAUUUACUACAGCCGUAGUACAAUUUUUAAAUAAAUAAGAUGGAUUCUGGAUUUGUUUUGAAAA